AUGCGCGACCAAUCCUUCAACCUUUCAGGAUCAUCUGGAGACAUGAGAGAUGACGGUAGAAAGUCGACACCCUACCAAAUGCACAAUGCGUACGAAUCUAGAAGGAUGUCGCGUUGGCUAACCAAUUUCGACGACGUUCAAGAGGAAGAGAAAGUCACCAUCAUUCCUCAAUCAUCACUCCCUUUGAUCCCCCGCAUGCAGCGCAACCCUAGACAGUUCCUUGAAAUGGACUUGGCUAGAAGCUGCUAUAUCUCUGCCAAGAUGAAGAAAAAGAUCCAAGCAGAUGCAGAUGCAGAUACGCAGAAGUGGAGGAAAUGGAUUCUACCAUGGGACCUCAGCCUCAGAAAACUCAAGAAGCGACAACAUCUUGCUAACUUGCGCAAGAAUGGGCACAAAACGAUUGCUCAGCAACCACCUUGUCCGAAAGCUUAUCUCACAAACAAAUCACAAGUGUUCAGAUCCCUCAUUGCACGCAAAGUCUUCGGCAUAAACAGCAUCAAGGCUUUCAAGAAGUUGAAGGGGAGACAAAGAAUGGACGAAUACAAGAAGAUGCUAGAGCUAAAGGCUCCUGACAUGACUCCUGGCAUGAUUAACCUGCCAGAUCCCGCGACCAUCACAACCGAUCUACAAACACACUGCACCGCUUCUUUGCCCAACAAACACGCUUGCUCUUUGUUAAGUACUUCGGCCAUAGAGCUUCUGCCUAACGCUCACGUGGAGAUCUGGAGAGAAGCCCAACGACAUUUCUGGAGGCACAACGUCUUUGUGGUCGAUACAAUGCAUAUCAAAGCCGUACUCAGUGGUAUCAAUGCACGUAUCAAGAGCUAUAUCGGCAUGCUACAUAUCGACCUCGAGGCCUUGGAUGACUUGGACAAUCUCACUCGCUCCGAUCCUUCGCAUGUUAAUGAUUCUAGCAGUCAAUCGCAUGAGGCCAUCUGUCAACAGAAUCAUGACUUGAGACGUCUCAUGCAGGAGUGCUACAACCUAACUUAUGUGCGUAUCCAUGUCCAUACUGAGUGGAUGGAGGAUCAAAUCCAGGAGUUGGCUCAAGCACACCGCGACUGCAGAAAAGUCUCCCGGUGCCGUCACAUCCGCAACUAUGAAGCUCUCUGCAUGAAUACUCAGAGACGAGUGGAACAUCUCACAUGGCUGUUCUGCAAGUCUCUCAGAUGCAAGGAGAAAUCUGUGUUCAUUGACGUCGAGCAACUUGGUCUGGAUGGUGUUUCCAGAAUCUUCGAAGUCAACAUUGACCAAAAGAAACUGGAUACAGUCGACAAGAAGAUGAAGGCUGCCUGGAUUGAGCAGAGAGAAGGAGAAGCAAAGAGAGGAAAGAAGAACUCGCGAGCACUGAGAGUGUCUGCUGCUAAGAACGUCAAAAUGGAGGUGAUUGACUUGACCUAA